UGCAUUUGGUUAUGUUUUGUCUUAGUUUCACCAAUUCAUGGCAGUCAUUUCCUGCUGGAUAUUGUUGUUCAGUCUAAGCUACUUUGUUUUGAGGUUCCUGUUCCUCACAAACUCAAACUCCUCCAGGAUUCAGCUUCAGAGUUCUCUAUGAAUGGAGAAUCCAUGCCUGGACAAAGUGGGUUCCGAAUCAUUGCCUUUCAUUACAAAACAAAGCAUCAUCUGAAAAUAAACACAACGUCUAUCACAUACCACGACGGGCAGAAUCACGUUGAGUUUUUGUGGGGCCAGGGACCGACCCAACACACUUCAGAGGAUGUGUCUCUGAUUUUACUGAGCAAUGAAAUAGUCGUCACCAUGGGAAAUAUCUGUGUCAUUAUUCUGCUUCACAAGGAAAAAGGGACUAUGUUUCUGUGGCCUGAUGUUCAGCAACAGCAAAAAGAUGUCAAGUUUACAGGCAUUUUAGGAGAGGCUGGUAAUUCAUAUGAGGAGAUCCCAGGAUCACAAACCCCAACUUUGAAGUUAAAGGACCAGGAAGUGAAGACAUCUUGGGUGAUGGUGAAGGACUACAGACUUGCUUCUGCUCCUGUGGUUGGAUGUUGGCUCGUACCAUUCCAGGCUGUUGUGCAGCGAGAGCUCUCUGACUUCACUGUCACUCAGCUGUAAAAAGCAAAGA